AUGAGUAAAAAAAAUGUAUCCGAAAAUGGAGUGACUGAUUCGAAACCACAGAAAGCGGAACCGGAGAUGGUUGAAACUGUAGUGCUUGCUUCCUUGGAGAAGUUCUUUAAAUCCCUUCUAAAUAUGCCGGAAGUGGAGAGAAAGUUUAGGGCGGUCGUGAAUGCGGCCAUGGAGCACCAACCGCAGCUAUAUCUUUAUAGCACAGCUGAUAAGGUCGUACUGUAUAAAUCCGUCGAGUUGUGCAUUAACGAGAUGAGCAACAAAGGGAUAAAGGUAUUCUCCUUGAACUUCGGCACGUCUCCUCAUGUCGAUCACUACAGGAAUUUCCCCAACUUAUAUUCAUCAGAGCUUCAUAGGUUCCUGAAAGAAUGUUUUCCACCUUCUAAACAAGAAUGAACCUUUUCUUAGCAGUUCAAUCCA